CUGCUUGUUGUAGUAACUGGAUCAGUGUCUUGUAGAAUGUUUCAUGUUCUAGUUUGUCUGAAGGCUCUCUUGUGGCCGUGUUUAACUUGUUCCUAUGAACUGGAAGUUAGUGUAGGUUUGAUUGACCCAGGUUCCCCUCUUUGGACAAGCACACGGUAUCCGAAGCGCUGUGUGGUUGGUAUUGCAUCACUGCAGAUGGCAGCCUUCGUCUGACUACUCUACUUUGAGUGAUUUUGACUUUGGUCUGAAUGCAGAGUCAUGCUCUCCUGUGUCUGCUGUGACUUUCCGAGGUCCUGAGGGAACUCAGACCAGGUGACAAGUAGGGAUGAAAUUGGACAAGUUUCCACCUCCAAUCUUUUGGGUCAAAUUGCGGCUCCGAGACAUCCUUGGUGCAGUUGACAAAGCUCUCUGUCUUCUAGGUCCUGCCCGCCCAGCCAGCCACAUCCUCUUCUUUUAUGUUCCAACCCCACUGCCUGCUUCCAGUCUUUCACACUGUUCCACUUUGGGCCCCUCAUACCUGCUGUUCCUCUCUCUGGAAUCCUCUUUCUCCCUUUCACAACCAAGCUAAGCUUUACCUUAGAGACACUUGGCCUUCGUAGAUGUUUUGGUACAUGAAACAGCCUGGCAUUUAGAGUUGCUCCGGUGGGGUGAGUGGCACCAAGGAACUGAAUCCUAUGCCCGAUCUGAAAUAAAUGAAUAUCCUGAAGACUUAAGGCAAGUCCAGAAGCUGCAAACAGGAGUCGGGAGGCAGCACUCUGCUUGGGAAGGGCCAGGGGCUCUCAGCAGAAGGCUGAGUGGUUGUUGGACUCAGUGCAGAUCUUCAGGAGCGUGAGAACCUCAGUUGAGGUCAGCUGAUAGAUUUGUAGGGGUGACUCAAGAUGUCACUCACGAUCCGUCUGGAUACUUCUGUUACUCGAGUCCUAGCUCACCCUGCUCACUGCACGAUAGCCAAUGAAUCCGAGAGAUGAGGUGUUGAGGCAAGGAAGAGACUUUAUCUGGAAAGCCAGCUGGCUGAGAAGAUGGCAGACUAGCACCUCAAAAUAGCCAUCUUAUCAGGGUCAGGAUGCUAGUUUCUCUUACAGAUCAGAGACGGGGGGAAGGUGAGGAAGCAAAGCAAAAAGGCCAUUAAUCUUGGAAACAUCUCUUAGAAUGGCAAGCCUCAGGCAGGGGAUGUGUUCAUUUUCCCCUUCCUGCCAUCCACAGGUGGACAGGGCUCUGAACAAAGGCACUUUAGCUUGACCGUCAGGCAGAGGGGCAGGAUUCUCUGAAGGAAGCUGUGAAGUAUGAUUAUAAUAACAAAAGCAAUGAAAAGCAAGUCCAAGAAACAGUUACAACAUGCAGUCAGAGCUGACUUCUUCCCCGAAACACUUGCUCCUUUACUGUCUCCUGCCUCCCUCUUCCCUGCAUCUCCCCUGUUACUUCCUAUCUCUAUUACAUCUGUCUUCUCUACCUCCUUGCCACCCAUGUUUUCCUAUAUCACUUUCUCAUCAUAAAUCCUGCCACACAGAGGGCAACAAGAAAGGGCAUCCCAAUGUCUGACUCAAGACAUGGCGCUUUCAGUACUGAAGAGAGGCAGUGAAGUUUUGCCCAGAGGCACAUAGAAAGAGCUGGGAACGCAGAGGAUGUGGUCGGAGAGCCCAGGUUCCCCCAGCCCUCUCUCACUACCAUCUUCUCUGUAGCUAUAAACCAGUGUUCUUCCCUGCCCUCUGGGUAAUGGAGAGCUGCUGCUGAGUAUGUAUUGCAUCUGUUCAGUAAGUUGGGGUUCCCAGGUGGUGCUAACAAUAAAGAACCCUCGUGCCAAUGCAGGAGACGUAAGAGAUAUGGGUUCGAUCCCGUGUGGGUUGGGAAGAUCCCCUGGAGGAGGAAAUGGCAACCCACUCCAGUACUCCUGCCUGGGGAAUCCCAUGGACAGAGGAGCCUGUGGGCUAUAGUGCAUGGGGUCACAAAGAGUCAGAUACAACGGAACUGACUUAGCAUGCACACACAGCACACAGAACUCUCUUCCAGAUCAAAUAUGAUAAUGCAUGUAGAGUACCUAGCGUGCAUCAAAGAAUUGGUGACAGCUAUAACCCCAAAACUGGGUGAUGCUAGGUAUUUCCCAGGACAAUGAUUUCCAACCAUCACAAUUUUUAAAACAUGAUCAGACGCCAGUGUUCUCCUCUUGUUGGAAACCUCCUAUGAAUUAUUUAACCCUCAGAUGGAUAGAGUACCCUUAGGGAGAGUUUAGAAAUUAAAUACAAUGAAAGCCAACAUAGAUUGGCAUUGUUACUAGCCCGUUUUGCAGAUACUGAAACAGAGGCACAGAGAGGUUGAGUGAGUUGCCUGUGGUCACACUUCUAGUGGGUGGGAGAAAGCAGGAUUCCAACUCAAACAUCCUUUUUUUUUUUUUUUAAUUAAGAUACACUUUACAUAUCAUAAAGUUCACCCUUUUAAAAUAUCCAGUCAAUGGUCUUUGGUAUACUGGAAGGUGUAAGUAAUCAUCAUCAUUCUCUAAUUCCAGAUUACUUCCUCACUUCAAAAGGACAUCUCAUAGCCCUUGGCAAUCCAUCCCCCUCUUCCCCAGGGCCUGGCAAUCACUAAUCUACUUUUUGUCUCUAUGGAUUUGCCUGUUAUGGAUAUUUCACAAGAAUGGAAUCAUUCAGUAUAGGUGCUUUGUGACUGGCUUCUUUCAGCUACUUUUCAAGGUUUAUUUGCUUUGUAGGAAUGUAUUGCUAUUUCAUUUCUUUUUAUGGCUGAAUAAUAUUCCAUCGUAUGGGCAUACAUACCUAUUCAUCUGUUCAUUAGUUGAUGAACAUUUGGGUUGUUUUCACUUUUUUUUGGCUCUUAUGACUAAUGCUGCUCUAAACAUUCAUGUACAAUGAGCCCAGACAUUGCACUUUUAGGGGCCAAGGGCCUAACCUUGCCCUUGACUGUCUCCUUGUGCAGACUGGAGACUCUUGGGAAGUGCCCUGCCUGUGACCUUUGGGGAAGUUAUAUGCAGUGAAAUUUUCCCAGGGUGGGCUUGAUGUCUAUCUCAUGGCUCUCUAAUCUCGCAGUGGACAUGACAUUUGUUGCUUUUUUGAUACUACAGAAUAACAUGCAGUUGACACUUCUUUUGUUAUCAUAAAAGAUCCUUCAUUGAACAGAUAUCUAUUGAGAGUCUUCUAUGUGCCUGGUUAAGAACUGGGGACGUGGCACCUACAAAUGAACAUGACUGCCUGAUGGAAGUUGCCGUCCAAUGGGGAGCAGCAUGGCGUGCCUUCUUCGGAAAGUUUCUGUGGCGGUUUUCUUCUUGGCAUUUUGGGGCUUGGCCCUGGGGGACAGGCUGCUGGUGGUCCCUCAGGAUGGAAGCCACUGGCUCAGCAUGAGGGACAUCGUGGAGCGUCUCAGUGAAAAAGGGCAUGAGAUCAUGGUGGUGGUGCCCGAGGUCAAUCUGCUCCUCCAAGAGUCCAGGUACUACACAAGGAAAAUCCACCCAGUGCCCUACGACCAGGAAGAGAUGGAAGCCCGUUACCGCUCCUUCGGGAAACACCACUUUUCUCCACGCUGGCUGGUGACUGCCCCCGUGGUGGAGUAUAGGAACAACAUGAUUGUCAUCAAUAUGUACUUUACCAACUGUCAGAGUCUCCUGAGGCACUCGGACACCCUGCGGUUCCUCCGGGAGACCAAGUUCGACGCCCUGUUCACAGACCCGGCCUUACCUUGCGGGGUGAUCCUGGCCGAGUACCUGAACCUGCCCUCCGUGUACCUCUUCAGGGGCUUCCCCUGCGCCCUGGAGAACACGUUCACCAGGACCCCGAGCCCCUUGUCCUACGUCCCCAGGUACUACACUCAGUUCUCGGACCGGAUGACCUUCCUCCAAAGGGUGGGCAACUUCCUGGCGAACUACCUGGAGAACAUUCUGCUCUACUUGCUGUAUUCCAAGUAUGAAGACCUGGCGGGGGAGGUCCUUGGGAGACAGGUGCACUUGCCGGCCUUGUAUCGGAAGGCCUCCAUUUGGCUGUUAAGAUACGACUUUGUGUUCGAGUAUCCCAGACCAGUCAUGCCCAACACGGUCCUCAUCGGAGGGUCCAGCUGCAAGAAACAGGGCGCCCUGUCUCAGCAUGUGGCUCUGGGGAGAGCUGCCUGAGGAGGAGAGGACAGGCUGAGGUUUUGGAUGAUGCUAUGGCCUGGAAGGAACACAGAGGUGGUGCGUGGCAACAGCGAGAGAUAUCUUGAGCGAGGUUGUCUGGGGGCACGCACAGAAUCCUCAAAUGAGCCUGAGAAGUUUCCAGUGUAAACCCUCUGCUUGUCUGUUGAGGAAACAGAAAAGGUGUGUUGACCUCUGACCUAUGGCAAGUGUCCCUAGGUGCCCUCUUGACGUGUGCAGAAAGAGAGCCCAGAGCUACUUUGGAAAAGAAAAACUUAAAGAAACCCUGAAAUAAAUCCCAAAGGCCUCACCACCCUUCUUGAACAUCUGCUGAUUACUUUAAUAUGCUGGACAGUUGGCAGCAGCUAUGGGAGCAGGGCCAGGGGCUGAUGAGCUUAACUAGACUGGUUUCAGGAAGCACAGAGCAUGAACUAGAAAUUCGGGGUUCUGGGAAAUUUUAAUUAAGACAUUAAUAAGCAAAAAUGUACUAAGAAACAUUUGGCAUAAGAAGGGAAGAAAACAGUGUUUUUGUUACCUAUCAUUUUAUUUUUGCAAAAAAAAAAAAAAAGAGUUGUAUUCAGUUAUAUUGAAAAGCCAGACUGUAGUGGGUGUACUUUCUGAGCCCCGUGAAUCUUUACCUGGUGCUUGACUUACAUUUAUGUGUGAAUUGCAAUCCCAUUUCAUAAUAAAGAACAUUCUGUACUACAA